AUGUCCUUCUAUUUAAGACGACAAAAUUUUAAGACUAAUGCAAUUUUUUUCGCUGUUGAAGAAGUCAAAGCGCCUACAUUCCCAGAUUCCAUAACCAGUGGUGACGUCAAGUUAAUAAAAAAAGAAGGUGAUGCAGUAGCUAUAGAUGAAGUGGUGCUAGAAAUAGAAACAGAUAAAACAGCUUUGCCAGUCAUGUCUCCAGGCAAUGGCAAAAUUGUAAAAUUAUUAGUUAAAGAUGGCCAAUCGGUCAAAUCGCAGCAAGCUCUUUUUCAGGUGGAUGUGACCGGUGAAGCACCAGCUCCCGCAGCGAAGCCUGCUGCUGCCCCCGCACCUGCAGCACCACCUCCGCCCGCCCCCGCCCUCACCCCCGCACCUGCAACCCCUGCACCUACAGUAAAAGGAGCAGCCGCCGCUAAGCCUACAGUUGUACAAGCUGCAGUAAAGAAAACUGCCCCAACUGGCCCCACAUUAGCUGCACAAAAAAUCGGCGAUCCAACAAAAACAAUAUCAGGCAGUCGAUCAGAACUGGCUGUGCCCAUGAAUAGGAUGCGCAAGCGCAUUGCUGAAAGACUAAAAGAAGCUCAAAAUACCACGGCUAUGCUGACAACAUUCAACGAAUGUGAUAUGAGCAAGCUGAUGGCUUUCCGUAAAGCGAACUUAGAAACAUUCACGAAGAAAUAUGGCGUAAAACUAUCUUUUAUGUCACCAUUUUUAAAAGCUUCGGCCAACGCUCUCAUGGAUCAGCCGAUCGUCAAUGGCGUUAUUAUAGGAGAAAAUAUUAUUUACAGAGACUACGUAGAUAUUUCGGUAGCAGUGGCCACUCCCAAAGGCUUGGUGACUCCGGUUGUACGCAACGUCCACUACAUGGAUUUCCCACAGAUCGAGUUAACCAUAGCGGCACUUGCAGAUAAAGCGAGGAAAGGCAGGCUAACGCCCGGCGACAUGCAAGGCGGUACAUUCACGAUCAGCAACGGUGGGGUGUUCGGCUCGCUGCUCUCGAUGCCGAUCAUCAACAUGCCGCAGUCCGCGAUACUGGGCAUGCACGCCAUUGUGCAACGACCCGUCGCCGUACAGGGAAAGGUCGAGAUAAGGCCAAUGAUGUACUUGGCACUGUCCUACGACCACCGACUUAUCGAUGGUCGCGAAGCAGUCAUGUUUUUACGGAAAGUGAAAUCCGGGGUUGAAGACCCUACGUCUAUUCUCGCUGGGAUC